AAUGGCGAAUGUACGUGACAGUGAUACUUCUUUAUGGCUUCAUAAUAAACUUGGAAUUUCAAACGAUUCUUGGACAGGAGGUUCAAUAUGUUCACAAUUAAACGCCGAAGUAUUGAGAAAUAUAAAAGACUGCUUUCCAGAUUUGCAAACACAAGUCAAACUGAAGUUAUUACUUAGCUUUUUUCACAUCCCGCGCAGAAAUUUGGAAGAGUGGAAGGCAGAACUCGAUCAAAUUUUAGAGGUAGCUGUGGGAGAUUCUGAAUUAUGGGUGGCAAUGUUAGCAGACGCAUUGAGAACAUAUCCCUCUACUGGGUCUCUAAAUACAGAAAUAUCAGAUGUAGAUGAAGUGAGACCCAUUUUUAAUGAUUUAGUAAGUGAUUUGCGUAAACUUGUACGCAAGCAGAAUGACCAUAACAUGUUACCCAUGGAGUGUCACUAUUUGAAUAAGGCAGCGUUGGUGUCAGUUGUUGGUCAUAAACUGGAACCUCUGAAACAUUUCACGAUAAAGAAAAAGCCUAAAUCAGCCUUGCUGAGAGCAGAUUUACUUCAGAAAUCUAUAGAUGCAGCCUCAAAUAUGAACAAGAAAUCAAGCGCACCUGUUAUACCAGUUAGGUCAAGGGGCAUGCCAAGGAAGAUGACAGAUACAACACCUUUAAAAGGAAUUCCAAGCAGAGUGCCAACUUCAGGAUUCAGAUCAGCGUUAAGUAGUAAUACUAAUCGACCGCCUUUAAGAGGACCAGCUGGAAGAAAAGAAGGUGGUGUUAAGCUAUUGGAUAUUGCUGACCAGCCAUUAGGGUAUGCUGCAGCUAAGAAAAGAAAGAAAAUGCAAGAAAUGGAAGAUGCGAAAAAAGCAACAGAAAAUGCAGCAUUACAAAGUCCUCCUCAAGCUCCCACUGCCGCUGGUGCUACAACUCCAGAUUAUGCAGCUGGUUUGGCCCCUGCCCCUACAUAUGCUCCUCCAACGCCUCAGCCUACAACACCAUCUGCAGCAUCUACUGCUCCAACAACGUCGAUACCUCAGCCUACGAUUCAACCUCCCGCUACACCAGCAGUUCUCACUCCGGUAGUAACAACACCCUCAGCUCAACAGAUCUCACCACCCACUCCGGCCCCAAUUCCUACACCUCAACCAGUGGCGGUCACACAACAAUUCAUUCAAACACUGCGGCCUGUACCUCCUCUACUGGCAACAACGCCCAGUGGUCAAAGAACGAUCAUAUCUACAGAACAGGUCCAACAAGUUCAGCAACAGGUGCAAGCCCAGCAGAUCAUCGGCACUCCCGUUGUGGUCACUCAGCGGCCGAUUCAGCAACCACAACAGACUGUAACUCAUAUCCGAAUUCAUCCCCAACCAACAUCGAAUGUGUUACAAAGAAGAGGUCUUGCCCUCACAAGAGAACAAAUGUUGGAAGCCCAAGACAUGUUCCGCACUGCCAACAAGGUCACUCGACCAGAAAAGGCUCUCAUCCUCGGUUUCAUGGCUGGCUCCAGGGACAACCCUUGCCCGCAUCUCGGCAACAUAGUCACUAUAAAGCUUUCAGAAGACCAAGAAAACGUGCUACAGCCGGACGAUACGUACCUCACGAUGCUCGUAGAGACACAUUUCCAGAUGAACUACAACAACGGAGAGUGGAAGAGGAUAAAGAAAUACAGACACGUGGAAAAUAUGGUGGAACAGAUUCCGCAAAAUGCUCCAACAGCUGCUUUGGUUUGACAGAAUGUUGUUGGGUAGUAGUAGUCUGGUUAGAAGUGAGAUGGUGUUUCAAGAUUUAUAGAGUAUUUCUGUAUGUGUGUAUGCUAACCAAAUAAAUCAAGAUCUAGAUUUAUCCAAUCUAGAGGAAAGACUACAACCGUAGUACAGAUACAUCUUCUCGUCGUUGAAGAAUGGUCCAGCAUUGGUUGUAUUUUUAAAUAGUACAUUUCGUAACUUGAUUUUUUAAUUGCAUGUACAGGGUUUUCUCAACCUAAUUAAAUAGUCAAAAAGCAUACUAUUUUAAGUGAUAUAUCUGGACCUUGGAGGUAAACUACACUAUGACAUUUCGAGUGUGUUUAGCGUGUGCUUUCAACAAAGUUUAGAGCACUUAGGAUCUUAUUAGAAAUCUGGUAUAUCCCACAAUUGGUAGAAAGACAAUAUGACCAUGUUUUAAUGAUAAUAAUAUAUAACCAGUUUGUAUAAUCCAGCUAAUAAAAUAAGUGGAUUAAAGGAACUUAUUCAAAAAAACACCAUGACGACAUAGUGUAGUUUACCCCCGAGGUACAGAUAUUCAAACUGGAAUUUUAACUAAAAGAAUGUUUCCAUUGUCUUCGAAUCUACGUUGAUGAAGACAUUAAAAUACGAACAAUAAUUAACCAAUGUGUGCCCAGAGUCGAGUAUUCAUCAGUGCCUAUUCCGUAUUCGUCAUUUUGAAUGCAGGGCCAUUUGGGCUAAUAGAUCUUAUUCGGCAUGUUACACAUUGCCACAUUGAUGAAGUAAAUAGGGUUUCUAAUGGGCCACAUUUGUGAAUACUGAGUAAUAAGUUGCUUUGCUUAAUUUUUUUCUGAAAUUUUAUUUUUAUUGUAAUUUGUAUCAUAUUAUGGAUUGAUUAUGUAUAUUAACGAGUUAUUGUUAAUUUAUGUGAUAUAUUAGAUAUAGAUCGAAGGUAUAUUUUGCAACUAUACUUCCACAAAUAAUUUAAGAAGGUGACUUAUCUUGAUAGCGAACAUCCCAGUUAUAUAUCAAAAUCAAACAAGUCGAAUACAGUCAGCGGAUUAAGAUUAUUUUACUUCUUUUGGUUUCUAUCGUUUGAAAUAUUAGCGAUCAUUCUGACUAUAAAAAUUUUAUUGACUUAUGCUUUAAUACAUUGAACGCCACGUGAGUUGUAUCUAACUCACACCCUGUUUGGCCCAGGCGUUCUGUGAGUUAAAUAUAAUUCACAUUAACAUUGAAAUUCUGAACGUGGGGCGUGAAGGCAAAAACAAAAAAAUUCCUCGCUUUCCGAAUGUUUUCCCUUAAAUAAUUAUUUUUAUUAAUCUACAUUUAGUGCCGUUUCUCGUUGUUUCCUGAGAUAUUCUAAUUUUCUUCUUUUAAUCGGGUAACUUACUUCUCUUUCUUUCAUUCCAGAAUGAAGCGGAGCCUGCUACAUUCUGACGAUGGGUUUGCUACACAUUUUUCUUUAUUAAGUAGCAUGAGAGCUACUUCUUUGAUUUUUUUCUCUUAUAUGUUUGUUUCUUUCGCGAAAAUUGUUCCAUUGUAUUCUGUGCUUAUUGUCCCAGGCAUGUGUGCAUAUCUGUAAAUUGUCAAAGUCUCUGUUUUUAAUGUAUGUUUCAUGCUCAUUUAUGCUGACUCCUACUGAUCUUGCGGUUUUUCCCACAUAAAAAUUGUUACAUCCACAGGGUACUUUAUAGAUGCUGUUAUUUUAGGCUAUUUUAUAGAUGCAGUCUUUCAUGGAUUUUAGUCCUGGAUCUAUUAUUUCUGCUUUCACAUUAAUGUUUCCCUUGAACAUGAAUUAUGAAUAAAGGAUAAUGUAGAAUAGUUUUCUCCUUUUUCUAUGAGUUCAUUUAUUGUAUUAGUAUUAUUUCUAUUGUCUCUAAUCAUUUGUUUAAAAGGUGCCUUAUAUGGUUAUUAAUCUGUUCAUACGCUUAUUAUUUUAUGUAUCACCGAUUUUCUAGUUCUGAGUUCCACAUUAUACUAUUUUUCAGAAUUACUAUACAUUGAUACACACAUUGCUAACAACUAAUCAAUUGAUUAGAUUAGUUUGCCAACAAGCAAAAACAUUGCGUGUGAGUUUAUAGUAAUUCUGAAAUUUUCGAACUUCAAACUCUACGCUCGGCUGUACACUAUUGAUUAGUUAUCCGGCUCAAAGGACCAAUGCUAACUAAAUUACUUUUAUUGUAGACUUGUUAUACCCUAUUUCACGAACAUACCUCUGUUGUGGAUUAUCUCGACAACGAAUAUUUUACUGUGCAAGUAAAUUGCACAGUAAAGUAAAUCGAAGAACGAAAGUAAAUUGCAAAAUACAUUGUUGUUUAUUGGAACAAUUAUUAGAGCUUUCGCACUUAUGUUGCACACUAAAAUAUUCGUUGUCGCGAUAAUCCAAGACAGUCGUAUAUUCGUGGAAUAGCCCAUACUACUUUUAUAACUUUGUUAUAAUUGUCUCCAUAUUCUUUUAAACAUAAGUUUGAUAUUAAAAGUUUCAUUACAAUAUACCCAUAUAUUUAUUCUCUACUCUCUUAUUCUCUACAUCUCACGCGCUAUCUAUGUCCUCUGCUUUUUUUCUUUACUUUCUAGUACUGUUAAACAUUAUUAAACAUUGAUAACUGAUUUAGAACAGGAAUUUCAAAGAUGAUUAACGUCAGUUACCUUCUUCAAUUAUUUGUCAAAGUAUGGAUAAAAGAUAUGUAUCGUUGGUGCCAUCGUAUUAUAUCACAAUCGAAGCUGCUAAUUCCUUUGUCUUUAUCUGAAAGUGUUGAUAGAUACAUACCUAUAUCAUAUUUUGUAUGUAUAUAAAAGAUAUGAUAUAUCACAACAUUAACGUAUAUUAAUACGUUUUCCUUUGUCCGGGAGACUUAGGAGCAACCCUUUCAAAAACAAUUCCGCAAAUUAGGAAGGCAGUAUCUCUUGACUUAAUGUCAUAGAAAUCAAAACGUUUAAAGUAAAUUAUAUUAGAAAUUAAUAUGAUUUUUGACAAAUAAGUUAACGAUGUUUUUCCUUCCGCACCAAAGUAAAAAUAGAUGAUGAUUCAAGAAAAACUAUUCUAUGAAUCAAGAAUGAUAAAUGGUAUUCAGCCCUGUGAUUAAUUACCGAAGUUAUUUUUAACGUUUGCGUUAAAGUUAUGAUAACUGUGACAUAUAACUAUCUCCAUAACUUUAAAACGUAAGUUCCGUGUACUGGAUCAUCCCCCGUUAUGAGAUGAGUUAUUUUUUAGACGUUAUACAAGGAAGAAAAUAUUAAGUUGUCUAAAAAGAGAACCUUGUGUAAAAUCAGUACAAGUUUGAGCGAGAAAGAGAAUUACUAGAAGUUGGUAUACCUACCCACCGGCUACCGAUGACCGAACUGAUGUUCGCUGUUCGGUGUGGUUCGGUGGUGAAUCGGUAAAAAAAGUAGAUGGAAUUAGAAAUAACAGUACUUACAGUUGAGUCUGAGUCCGGGAAUCUUUACCCGUGCGUCAUCAUUUAAAAGCAUACGAAAUAAGUCGAUGAUAAGUCGGAAAUAGAAAUUUACUAAACGCAACAGCAAGUCACUUACUGUCACUUGCUGUUGCGUUUAGUAAAUUUCAAUUUCCGUCUUAUCAUCGACUUAUUUCGUAUGCUUUAAAUGAUGACGUGACUGGCUAAAUGACACCCAAGUCUAUGCCAUAAAAAAAAUAAAUGAUGACGCACGGGUAAAGAUUCCCGGACUCAACUGUAAAACCCUUGGAUAUUUAUAAAUAAAAAUUUCAACAUAUCUCUCGAUUUGAUUUUUCUAUAAUUUUUAAAAUUGCAUUACCCUUCUAUUUUUAAAUUAUUAGCUUUCUUUUUCAUUUUUAUUAUUGUUUUAAUUUUAUUACCUACGUGUUUUUAAUUGUUAUCUUAGAUCUAUUUUUUUGAUAAUUUUGUGCUGCUUUAUAUUUGAUAUUAAAUUUGAUUUAUUAAAUUAAUAAAAUGCCGCACAAGAUCCUGGGACAACCUGAAGCAGCGUUCUACGUUAAAUAUUCACUUGAUUUAUAUCUAAAAACAAAUCAAAACAUAAACCUAACCUUACAAUCCUUAACAUAACUACAGAGUUAUCUCAUAACUUAGGUUUAACGUCGCGUUAUAAAGUGACAGUUGAUAUACCAGAUAACUCAAGAACUGUCAAGAAAUAACGCAAGUAGUUAAGUUAAAUAUGAUAUAUCUAAUCACACCAAUUCGAGGAUUAUAACUUAACUACAGGAUAACUUUACGUUAUAUUUAACGUGAGUGAUUCAUCACAGGGCUGAUUGUCGUCAAACAUUUUAAUUAUAACUGGCAAUUGUUAAUUUUGUUUACUUUGGUGCAGGAGGUAGGGAUAAGCCAAUAUAUAUUAGUCAGAGAACGAAAUAGUUGUCAGUGAUUCAUUUCGAAGUUCGUGGAUGAUUACGGAAUUCGAGGAGAAAGAGGAGUAAAUUUAGUGACGUGUAAAAUUGUGUUUAAUUCUAUAAUUUUAUAAUAAUUAUACUAUUAUUUUAGUAAGCAAUAAGUAACAUUUCGUGCAACAAUUUCCUGGCUACUAUUUCGUUCUCUGACUAUAGUAACAUUUUUAAAAUAUGGCCACCAAAUAGGGAACAAGCAAAAUAAUGUUAAUUGUUAAGUCCAAAAUAUUUGUUUUUUGUUGAUGUACUAUUUAAAUUUAUUGCCAAACAGUAGCGUUAUUAAUUCACCGCUUUGUCUCGUUAUAUAAUGUAUAAAAUGUAAAUUGAAAAUAUUUUUGUAUGUAUUUGGUUAAAAAAUUUCUUACAGGAAUACGUUAUUUGUGUUGCUUGCGUACGUCAUAUCAUAUAUAGGAAUAUAUCAAACUAUGAUGAAUAUAGCAGAAAAGCAGAAAAAUAUGUGCAUCAUGUAUUUUUUUAGUGUAGAACAGUACGCAGUGCAUUCAAAAUUAAAAUAGUUUCUUUGCGUACCAAGUUCUGCUUGAAUCAUUGUGUUGCAAAGUGAAUAAAGUUAUUUUGUUUAGCAUUAUUGUUUAAAUUCAUGUCUUGAAUAAAAAGUAAAGAUAAGUAUGUAAAAGUUGGUUAUUUGACUUUAAAAUUAAGUUUGUUUGACGCUUCAAUUUCCACUUCGGAAAUUGUUCUCGAAAUACAAUAAAUUAAACAAAUUUUGUUUUUAUUGCUUGGUAAAAUUUUUUUCUAAUAAUUUAAUUGUAUCUGAAUCAGUCAUAUUGACCAAUCAGACAUACAGUUAGUUUAAAAUAUACAUUUUAAACAUGAGUUUAAAAUGAUAUUGCCAAUAUUUUUGAGAUGCGUUAAAACUUAAUUUUAAAGUAAAAUUGUCGCUUAUUCCCAACAAAAAUAGUAAAUUGCAUUAAGAUGUGAUAAGAAAAUAGCUUCAGAACAAAGUUGGUUCGACAAAAAUCAUCACAUAUUAUUUCAUUUGUAUAAACCAAUGUUUCUGUAGUAGGUACUAUUACCAACGAAUAUAGAAGCGCAUUUUAAAUAGGAGAAUUGGUCACGUGUAGUAUACUUCAAAAUACUCCUGCAGAUGGCGACUGUAUAAACUUUAUUAUGUUAUUUGUAAAUUUUUACACAUUUGGAUUAAAAUGGGCCUAGCCGGCUAAGAUGAUGAAAAGUGCCCCCAACUCGAUUCGAAUUCCAUAUAGGUCACCGUUUAGCAUAUAUAGUGAAACUAACUUCUGACAUUUUUAGCCCCCUAGGUGGUCAUGUGACCCACCUAGAACCUAAUUAGGCUUUUUAUGUUUUUAUUUAUUAUCUCAGCCGCAUCGACAACUAGCGAAAAACUUUAAAUAAAGUUGUAAGCUUUAAAAAGCUCUGUCCGAAAAAAUUUUUUUUAAUUUUUGGAGGGAAAUUUAAAUUUUAGAACGAUUUUAAAAUUUUAAAUGAGUAUAAAAAUAUAACUAAGACAUUCGUUUUCACGAAAAAAAAUAUAUAACGUGUAUUUUUGCAUAAUAUUUCACCCUGAAUUUUUUCAAAUUUUUAAAAUCGGUGAAACGCACCUUUAAAAAUAAAAAACCGCAUUUUUUCAAUUUUUUUUUUUUUUUUUUCGUUUUUUGAUACAAUUUUAUACAUAUUUUUUAAAAAAGGUAAUACCGUCACUAGAAUAGGUAAAAAACUGAAAAAUGAUUGGGGUUUGCUUAAUAAAAAUUUUUUGUAAUGCCAUACAUUUUCAAGAUACAUUUUGAAGAAAACAAAAUUUUACACAUUUUUUACGAUUUUGCCGAAACUACUGGCAACAUUGUAGUAAAAUUUGGCGAGUUUUAAGAGGUAGUUGUUGUGCAUUUUUGACAUACAAUUAAGAAUUUUAUAUUUAUCAUUGGCGCGUAUACGGGUAAUGGUCUGAACUUUUUAAAGAAAAAAGAUAGUACGCCACUGACAUAUUUCAAAUUAACAAUCCUUUUUGAAUUCCUCGUUUAAUUUGUGACAAAAAAUCUAUCUUCCUAUUUUUUCAUACGACGCGCCAUUUUUAUUCAACAAAUAAAACAUCUUAACCCUUACAAAAGGUUACACCCUUAUUAACAUUAGAUGAGAGAAUAAAUAUUGCUAAGGAUAAUUUAUAUAAAAAAUGGUCUAAACAAUAUAAACAUUUUAUUUUGACAAAAGGCACAAGAUAUACAUUGCUAAAACCCGAUAUUCGAAAAAAUUACUGGUUUAAAAAUUACGAUUAUCCGAGAAGUUCCAUAACAACCAUAUCUCGGAUGAAAUUUGGACAUGCUUGCUAUCCGGCACAUUUAUACAAAAUAAAAAUAACUGAUAACAAUCUUUGUGAUAUUUGCAAUGAAACGACGGACUUGGAUCAUAUAUUUUUUAAUUGUAAGAAGUACACACAUCAGUCGGACAUUCUUACAAAAAAUUUAAGAAGUUUAAAUGUUUACGGUCCCUAUAAUGUUAUGUAUCUUUUGGCACUGAGUGAUAAACGUAUUUUUGAUUUUAUUUUGUUUUUCCUAUAUGACUGUAAAAUUAAGUUAUAGAAUGACUAGAUUAGGCUUGUAACCUUAAAUGAUGUCUUUCCUUUUGAUUGCCUACAUGCCUGCCUUACCGUGUGGGGUGGGUAUGUAGGUAAUCAAUAAUUAUUAAGAAAAAAGAAAAAUCAUUGAAUGAGAAAAGUGUGACCUUUGUCCUUAUCCCAAAAUUUUUAUUAAGAUUAAUUUAGCAAAAAUUCACUUUGAAAAUAAAAUGUUUAUUAUAUCUAUUCUUAACAAAAAGGUCGGUCAGACUUAGAUAACCUUAACUUAGAUUAGUUAUUAGAUAGUUUAGAUAAGAUAUAUAUUAUGUUUAUGUAUGUACUAUUUACUUUGUUUCUGGCCGCAUGGUCUAAUCCUAAAGCCAAUAAAAAAAACCCUUACAAAGUAUUCGAACUUUUAUUAGUAGUUUCUACAUCUACAUACGUAAACUCUACGCCCAUUAUAAAAACUAAUUCGAAUACUUUGGAGGCGUUAAGAUAUUUUAUUUUUUGCAGCAAAACGGCGCCUCGUAUGAAAAAAUGAUAAGAUAGUUUUUUUAUGGCAAAUUGAAUGAGGAAUUCAAAAAUGAUUGUUAAUUUGAAAUAUGUCAGUGGCGUACUAUCUUUUUUUUUUCUUUGAAAAGUUCAGACCAUUACCCCUAAGCGCGCCAAUGAUAAAUAUCAAAUCCUUAAUUGUAUGUCAAAACAUGCACAAUAACUACCUCUUAAAAUCCGCCAAGUUUUAUUACAAUGUUGCCAGUAGUUUCGGCAAAAACGUAAAAAAUGUGUAAAAUUUUGUUUUCUUCAACGCCCUGUAUCUUUAAAAUGGAUGGUGUUACAAAAAAUUUUUAUUAAGCAAACCCAAUUCUUUUUAAAUUUUUUACCUACUCCACUGACGGUGUUACCUUUUUUGAAAAACAUGUAUAAAAUUGUAUCAAAAAACGAAAAAACCGAAAAAAUGCGGUUUUUAUUUUUAAAGAUGCGUUUCACCAAUUUUAAAAAUUUGAAAAAAUUCAGGGUCAAAUAUUAUGUAAAAAUACACGUUAUAUAUUUUUUUCGUGAAAACGAAUGUCUUAGCUAUUUUUUUAUACUCAUUUAAAAUUUUAAAAUCGUUCUAAAAUUUAAAUUUCCCGCCAAUAAUUAAAAAAAAAAUUUUUUCGCACAGAACUUUUUAAAUCUUACAAAUUUUUUAUUUAAAGUUUUUCGCUAGUUCUCGAUGCGGCUGAGAUAAAAAAUAAAAACAUCAAAAGCCUAAUUAGGCUCUAGGUGGGUCACAUGGCCACCUAGGGGGCUAAAAAUUUCAGAAAGUUAGUUUCACUAUAUAUGCUAAACGGUGACCAAUAUGGAAUUCGAAUCGAGUUGGGGGCACUUUUCAUCAUCUUACCCGGCUAGGCCCUUUAAAUCACAUUAUUGUAUAUACUUGUAAAAAGAUUCAGUUAUUAAAAAGUGUUAAAAGUUAAAA